UCCCAAGAAGCAUCACACCAAUAGAAGAGGUAAAAGCAACAUAUAGAUGCUGAGAAUGGAAGGGAAACAAAGCCAGGUUGUACUGAUUGGGACAUGGGCUAGCGGCUAUUGCAAGAGAGUUGAAUUGGCCCUCAAGCUUAAGGGCAUACCCUACGAAUAUAUAGAGGAAGACCUGGAAAACAAGAGCUCGCUGCUCCGCCACUCCAAUCCUGUCCACAAGAAGGUGCCUGUGCUGUUGCACGAUGGUAUACCCAUUGCUGAAUCACUUGUAAUACUUGAAUACAUCGAUGAGUACUGGAGCAAUGUUGCUCCCAAACUCUUACCGGAGGAUCCUUACCAGAGAGCCAAAAUUCGCUUUUGGGCCAAUUAUCAUGACCAGAAGAUCAUGCCGGCUAUUUUGCGCAUCGCCUUGUCUCAAGGCGAAGAACGUGACCAAGCCAUCGAGGACCACCAUGAAUUGCUGAAGGUGUUUGAAGAAGGUAUCGAGAAGGACUUUCCGGCCAAAUCUCCGUUCCUCAACGGUGACAGCCUGGGAUUUCUUGAUGUCAUUGUCGGGACAGUUGCAUGCAACUACCAGGCCUUUCAUGAAGUGGUUACUGUGAUUUUUGAACCAGCAAAACACCCUUCGUUUUUCUCAUGGGUGACUGCUCUGAAAGAACACCCUCUGAUCAAAGACGUUCUACCUCCUCAUGACAAACUGGUUGCCUUGAUGAGAAAGAAGUAUUGCCAAUCUCCUAAAGCUUAGAUUCAGAUACAUAAACAGCCUAUCACUACCAUUUUAUAGGCCUGCCAAUAUGAAUAUCAUGUACUCAAUGUUUGUACCUGAAAUAAAAGUCUAACUAGUCUGUUUUCCGAACUCAA